GAUUUCCUACUGCGCAUGCCCCUAGCGAGCCGCGCGUGCUCUGCGUAGCCUGCUGCUGUCUCCCCCCACACGUGGUAGAUAUUUGUGGUGCGGGUGAUGGCAGCUUCUGUCAAAGUCAUGGAACUGGGUUUCGUUCAGGAGGCGGAACCAUGGCGACUGCGCAGCCCGCAGUUCCCCAGUAAGGCGGGAGGCCGUCCGGCGUGGUUGGGUGAGGUGGGGGUUCCGGGCCCCGAGGCUGUGCAGUGCGGACUGUGCGGAAAGCCCCUGGCCUUCUUAUUACAGGUGUACGCCCCGUGUACGGGCAGCUUCCACCGGACCAUCUAUAUCUUCUGCUGCCGGGACCCCCAGUGUCACCAGGGGGCGGAGAGACGGGGCUAUAAAGUUUUUAGGAACCAACUCCCUCGGAAAAAUGAUACUUAUUCCUAUGGCCCACCUCCUGAUUCUCCUCCACCUGCAAGUAAAGAAUCCAUAAGCUUCCAGCUAAAGUGUGGCCUUCGUCUCUGCAGAGUGUGCGGCUGCUCGGGACCAAAAACAUGCUCCAAAUGUCAUAAAGUCAAUUACUGUAGCAGAGUACAUCAAUUGAUGGAUUGGAAGUUACAGCAUAAACAGCUAUGUAAUGAGUCAUUUGAUGUGCAGGGUGUUCAGGUUGCAGAUCAUGGAUUCCUGUUUCCAGAAUAUGAAAUUGUCACAGAACCAGAGGAGACCGAUUCUGAUGAUGACAGCACAGGAAUGGAGUUGGACACUUUGACAUCAGAGGACACAUCCUCGUGUAUUGAAUCAUCCUUUGAUGAAUUAAAAUUGGAUGAGAAUGAAUUGAGUGCUAUGGCAAAACAAGAAACCAAAGAAGACAAGGUUUUCAACAGCUUCAAGAAACGAAUUUCAUCAGAACCAGAGCAGAUCCUGAGGUAUUGUAAAGGUGGAGAUCCCCUCUGGCUGUCACUCCAACAUGUUCCAGAAAAGGAUGAUAUUCCUAAGUGUGCAUGCGGAGCCAAAAGGAUGUUUGAAUUUCAGGUAAUGCCGCAGCUUCUGAACCAUCUGAAAGUGGACAGCCUUGAAGAAAGCAUUGACUGGGGUAUUCUAGCAGUGUACACAUGUGCUGCCAACUGCACUGCAGAGAAACAUUAUGUGGAGGAAUUCCUGUGGAAGCAAAAUGUGCCAGGAAAUGCCAUGUGAAAUAUGCUCAUUGAAAAUGCUCACAGCUUUUGGAGGAUAUUAUUUAUUUAUGAAAGGUGGUGUUUAAUAUGACAAAGUAUUUAACUGCACUUUAUUUUACGAAGUUCUGUUUUUAAGAGUUACACCUGUACAGAAAGAGAUGUUUUCUUUGUAUAUAAAGAAGCCUGUUUUAUUAGAGUAAGGCUUCAUUGUCGGGAAUAAAUUGCAUAGGAACUGCUGCCUUGGAUAAAAUGGCUUUCAUAUAAAUAAGAAGUAUAUGGUACACCCCCCUGAGAAGGCUGAGGAUCCCAUAUCCGGAGAGACUGUGCUUCUGAGGAAUGCAACAUCAUUUUUUGUUUGUUUACAUUUAUAGCCCACAAAUUCUCCUCUAACAGUUUGGAUAUUCACAAAACAAACCACAUUUGUGCGCAGAUGACUAUUUUUAAAACAAGGGAGUUAGAGCCGGUUCACACUGGGGCGACUUGCGAUCCGACUUCAUGUCGCCUCAAGUCGUCCCAAGUCGCGCUGUAGA